GAGAUGAAGAACCAAACUAUCAUCUCUGAAUUCAUCCUCCUGGGGUUUCCCGCUGGGCUGGAGAUCCAGAGUUUUCUUUUUGUGGUCUUCUUCAUCACUUAUAUACUAACAGUCACGGAGAACCUGAUUAUUAUCUCUGUAGUAAAAGGAAACCGGAACCUUCACAAGCCCAUGUAUUUCUUCCUGGGAAACUUGUCUUUCUUAGAAAUUUGGUAUAUCACUGUCACACUUCCAAAAUUGCUGGUAGACUUCUGGUCACAGACCAAAGUAAUCUCCUUUGAGAGUUGCAUGGCACAACUCUACUUCUUUAUCUCCCUUAUGUGCACUGAGUGUGUCCUCCUAGCAGUCAUGGCAUAUGAUCGCUAUGUAGCCAUAUGCAACCCACUUCGUUAUCCGGUUAUCAUGACCCAUAGAUUAUGCUUCCAGUUAGGUGUGCUCUCCUGGGUGUGUGGUUUUUCCAUCUCCUUGGUCAAGGUCACUUUCAUCUCUAGACUGAGUUUUUGUGGGCCUGGGGUCAUUAAUCACUUUUUUUGUGACAUCUCCCCUGUUCUCAACCUCUCCUGCACUGACAUGUCAGUGGCUGAGUUCGUCGAUUUCAUUUUAGCAUUGGUCAUCCUCCUCAUCCCAUUGUCUGUUACUAUUCUGUCCUACCUUUUUAUCAUCAAUUCAAUCUUCCGUAUCCCCACAACCCAAGGGAAGAAAAAAGCCUUCUCAACUUGUGCUUCACACCUCACAGUGGUCAUCAUCUUUUUUUCGACAACAGUCUUCAUGUACGCUCGACCUAGAAAAAUUCAUCCCUUUAAUCUCAACAAAAUAGUGUCCAUUUUCUAUGCUGUGGUCACGCCAGCUCUCAACCCUCUCAUCUAUUGUCUGAGAAAUAAAGAAGUAAAAGAGACGUUGAAGAAAAAUGUGGGCAGAAAAUGCUGGCUUGGCUCAAAAUAA